UUGAUAUCACAGCUCUCGGUAGAGAGUACUUAAUAGAUACUUAUAUUCUUUGUUUCACAGCAAUUAAUAAUGUUAUAAGUGUAUAUAUUAUUGGACAAUCGAAAUUAAUAAAAAAUGUCAAAUAACUCAAAAAUUAUAAACCAUGAAAAUGUAAACGGUGUAAAUUUAUCAUUAAAAGUGGAUAGUCGAUGUAAAUCACCGAAUUCACAACGAUUUACAAUAUCUUACAAAAAUGAGGAAAAAAAGUCUAAAUGGGCCUUUAAGUCAUUGAUAUUAGCUAUCAUAUUUAAUGUUAUCACCUUUUUCUAUGUCCGCAUAAGUGUACAUGCGAUGUUAAUUAUAAUAAUUGUACUAUCGUUCUUGGUUUUCUUCUGGGUAACACAUAGUGUUCAAUCAGAAAGCAUUCUAGUAAUCCCAACUGUCGGUGUUCAAAGUUCUGUAAAGUAUGUCUUCGGUAGAGAAGAUUAUUUUGUACCAUGGUCGUGUAUUGAUGAUGUUAUUAUUAAUGAAGUUAUAAAACUGAAUCGUGUUUUAUAUUUCCUUACACUUAUCGUCAAAACUGGAAACACAGGACAAGAUACAGAGUCAAUAAAACUAAUACCAUUGUUUAAGUACACAAAACCACGGCUUAUGAUGCUGGAGACCAUUUACUCUGAAUUGCAAGAGCUAUUGACAGCAUCCAGUAAAUAAAUAGUUACGGAGUAGUAAGCAAUGUGUUUUUUUUAUUUAUAUAUUUUAACUUUAGAACAUAAGCUUGUCUUAUUAUAUAAACGAAAUAGAUUCAUAUCAUAAUUGUUUGUAUUAAGAUAUUUGUUAAGUAUGUUAGUAUCAAUGAUAUAUGAAAUAGAGUAUAUUUUUUAUUUUUAGGUCUUUAAAUAUUUAUUAGUACUUUGUAAUUAUUUUGUUAUAAAGAUAGUAUUUUAGCUCUUAGAACUAAUCAGCCCUUG